CAAGCAAAUAUCCAACGAGAAAUCAACUCAUUUCUCUUCUCCCCUCUUUCUCUGUCUCUCACAAAUGAAGUUGGGUUUACUAAGCAGCUCCGGCAUCAACUCCGGCUCCUCUCGCUUCCUACCAGUUUCGAGUUUCGAUCGUCUACCCACCAAUUAUGGUAAUAUGGAUAAGCAGCAGUCCUUAAACCUGAAGCGUCACCAUGAUAAUCUCGAAAUUGUUAGUAGCACUAGCAUUUCAUUGCCCAAGACCACCGCUAUUGAUCUCACUACUGCCCUCAUAAGUACAUUUUCAGCUGCGGCUUUCCUUGCGACGCCAUUAGCAAAUGCUGGAACUUUAGAGGAAAUACCUGCUUCCUUAUAUACUCUUGCUGAUGGGACCUCCGGGGAUUGGCUUUCCGGCCUCCUAUUUUCAGCUGGUCAAGAUGCUAAUGCAGCGGUGCAGAACCAGUUGGCAUCCUUCAGUUUUACUAGUUUGGCAGUCAUUUUUGGUGCUGGGCUUGUAACUAGUCUUUCUCCAUGCACACUGAGUGUAUUGCCCCUUACCCUUGGUUAUAUAGGGGCAUUUGGAUCUGGAAAGAGUAAAGCAGAGGUUAUUGGGAAUUCUCUCUCGUUUGCCAUGGGAUUGGCAACAACAUUGGCCCUACUGGGUGUAGCAGCCUCAUUUGCAGGAAAGGCCUAUGGCCAAAUCGGGCAGGGUCUGCCUGUGGCUGCUUCUUCUUUGGCUAUCAUCAUGGGUUUAAAUCUCUUGGAGAUAUUUGAGUUACAGCUUCCUUCCUUUUUCAACAACUUCGAUCCUCGUGCAGCUGCUGCUAGUUUUCCUUCAAGUGUCCAGGCGUACUUGGCCGGACUUACAUUUGCAUUAGCUGCAUCACCCUGCAGUACUCCAGUGCUUGCUACGCUGCUUGGGUAUGUCGCCUCGACCAGGGAUCCCGUGGUUGGAGGUAGCCUACUACUGACAUACACAACUGGCUAUGUUGCUCCUCUUCUUCUUGCUGCUUCUUUUGCUGGAGUAUUGCAGAGCCUGCUUUCAUUCCGCAAGUUCUCAGCAUGGAUCAAUCCUAUGAGUGGCGCCCUCCUCCUCGGUGGCGGGUUGUACACACUGUUGGAUAGGCUGUUCCCAGUUACAAUGGUGAUGUGAGUGUCUGUGUCAAACAAACUAUAAGCAGAAACCAGAACAUCACCUCUAUUCUGGAUUCACCUGCUCUUAUCCAGCAUUGGUGGUUCGUUGUACUAAAUGAAGCAACUCGGUUUUCUUGGACUUGGAGGCUGUAUGCGGUGAGCUGGUAAACACCCCUAGUUGUGAAUGUACAAAAGUGCGAUUAUUAUAUGGAACUAAGGAUGCUAGAUUCAUGUUGGAAAGCUGGUGCCAUUUUAUGUCUGGUAAGAAAUGUGUAAUAAUAAAAAAAUAUGGUUAAAUUAUGUUCAUCUUAUUCUCUUA